AUGGCGCCCCAAGCACGCCUGGCGGCCGCCGUGCUACUGCUGGCGGUGGCCGCGCUGCUGCCCCGCGCCGCACAGGCCUACGAGUUUGACAUGGCAAGCGGGGCGGGGCGGGCGGGUGCUGCCGCUGGCCGCCGCCGCGCUGUAUUCCAAACCAAGUGCGUCAUGGAGGAUGUGGGGGAGCACGAGGAGGUGCAGGGCAACUUCAAGGCCUACCAGCGCGACCAGCCAGACCAGGCGUUCGAGGACCCGCAGGGGCAGCUGGUGUUUGAGCGGCACGGCUCCGCGGGCGCCGAGUUCAAGUUUGUGUCAAACGGCGAGGGCGAGUACAAGCUGUGCUUCACGGCAAAAGAUUAUCACACGGCGCAGGGCACGCGCAUCAAGAUGAAGUGGACCACGGGCGCUGAGGCGCACGACUGGCAGGCGGUGGCCAAGAAGGACAACCUGAACGUCAUCCAGGUGGAGAUGCGGCGGCUGGAGCAGGUGGUGCAGACCAUCCACCUCGAGCUGCAGAACAUCCGGAGAAAGGAGGAGCGCAUGCGCGACAUCAACGAGGCCACCAACAACCGCGUGGCGUGGUUCAACAUCCUGGCGGCCCUCAUCUGCAUCGGCCUGGCCGUCUGGCAGCUCUGGUACCUCAACAAGUUCUUGAAGCGGAAGAAGGUGCUCUGA